AUGACCUUUGACCGGAUUGUAUUCCUGAAUCGAUACAAAACAGUAGACGAUGAAUUUUUGGAACAUUCUGAAUGGAUCCGUAAACUUCGAACACCAUCACUGAUUGGAAUUGCUUCUGUUCUAACGAUACCGUUUGGUAUAUUUAUUAUUACUCCGUAUGUGGUGAUGAAUGUUUCCGGUCCUUCAGCAUUACUCUCAUUGUUAAUUGCUUUCAUCAUUAUGAUCCCAUCCGGAUUGCAUAUGAAUGAAUUGAUGUGUUCGAUGCCAAAAAGUUGCUUAUUAUAUAAUUUUACAUAUGUCAGUUUUGGUGAAAUACCAGCAUUUUUGGUUGGUUGGAUAUCAUCACUCGAUUUUAUCAUUUGUAUUGUUAUUGUAGCUAAAAAUUGGAGCAGACAUAUGAAUUUAUUAUUUCAUGGAUUAUUUGAUAAGCAUUUCACAGUGGAGAUGCCUUAUCAUUUUGAUUCAAUUUUUACAACUAAAAUAGAUUUUCUUGCUGUAUUAGCCAUCUUUAUUGCAUCAAUUAUAUUAUGCUGUAGCAUUCGAGUGUUGGCUGUUGUAUCGAUAAUAAUGGUAACUAUAUGUGCCUUGGCAACUAAUAGUACCGCAUUUGUUGGUUUUUAUUUAGCUGAUCCAAAUAAUUGGUUGGCUGCUGGCUUUUUCAAGGAUGGUAUUACCGGUGUAAUGAAAGGUGCAUCGAAUUAUUUAUGUGCCUAUAUUGGAAUUGAAACAUUCAGUUUUUUGUUAGAAGAAACGAAAAAUCCACGAAAACGACUUCCAUUUACUAUGUCAUUUAUAAUUACCGUUUUAACAUUAAUUAUGUUUUUAACAACAAUGGUUAUCACAUUGGUUGCUGAUAUCUCAACAUAUCCCAAUGAUAUGCUUUUCCCAGAUAUUUUUGACAAACUUAGGAUACCAUCCGCGAAAUAUGUUAUGGCAAUUGGAUCAGUUUGUGGCCUAUCCGGAACAAUGCUUGCAAUAUUUGUUCCUGCAACAAGAAUUUUAGCAUCACUUAGUGGUGAUAAUUUACUUCCUUCAAGCUUACUGGCUCAUACCAGUAAGAAAAGAGGAGUACCAUAUUAUGCGGUUCUAUUAUGCGCUCUAAUCUCAUCUUCACUAAUUAUUCUCAAUACCGCUAAAUUAUUUGGAAUUAUCGCCUUCAGUACUCCGUUAAGGCUUAUAAUACUUGCUUGUUUGGUAUACAAUCAACGCUAUAAUUCAAAUGUUGGAUUAUUCCGUGAAACAGCUUUUUAUCGUAAUAUUCAUCCUAAACAAUAUAAAAUGCAACCGUUGAAUAUUGGUACAGAUGAUAGAAAUUCAUCUUCAUUUACUGUUUCGAGAUUGAGUACAGAUGAUGAAAGCAGUGAAAUGAUAAGUAGCCAUGAAAUUCUACGAAAUAUUAUAAUUCAACAACAAGCACAAUGUGAUCAAUGGUUAGAGGAAAUACCAUUAAUAAAUGAAAAUUUGGAAUUGAUAUCAAAUGUAGAAGAAGUAGAUGGAAGAAUAAAUAAGAGAAUUCUAGCGAAAAGAUCACUAACUGAUACUCAAUACAGUACAUUCUCGCAUUCGCUAGCAGAAAAUCUAAAAGAAAUUACAACGAAAUUUCGCAACGAUCAAAAGCGACUAUCACUGCCAUCAUUUCAUAAUUAUCGCUGUAAUCAUAACUGCAUCAGAUCACCAUGUUCUUCUCCUUACUUUAAUGCUACAACUAAUACCAAAAAGCAUAAAUUUCACAUUUUUGAACAUGACAUUCCGGAAAUACCAUAUUGCAACAAAUAUCCUGAAUCGAUCUUUAGUUCGGAAGAUUCUGACAGAACCAAUUAUAAACACUCAAUGAGAAUUUUACCAUUUUUCAUUAUAAUUUCCGUAAUUAUCGGAUUUUUGAUCCUAAAAACGGAGAGUGGCUUAACAAAGCAAUAUUCAAUCCCUCCGAUGCUACUGGCAUGCAUCGCUUUGGGAUGUCUCGUAAUAAAUACUGCCCGACAAACAGUUAAUCCGUUAAGCAAUGAACGAAGCUGUAAAACACCUGCAUUCCCAUAUCUCACACUUUUUACCAUCUUUUUGGCUACACUGAUAGCUUCUACAACUGAUCACAUCACAAUCGUGGGAUUUAUCGCUUGGAUUGUUAUUGGAAUAAUACUCUAUGCACUAUACGGUUAUAGGCAUAGCAAAGAAGGUCGUGUACAGUCUAAUGGUUUGAUCAUUAUGAACAGUAUGAUAAAGGAUAGUUCCUCAACCGGAAUAAUAAGCAGUACCAGUAGUCAUCAAUCUAUCGGAAUCAUGCUAUAA